ACCACCGAAGAAACCAGUUCACACCUGCUUAUUUACUGUAAAUUAUUUAUAAUUAUUUCUUUAAAAUAAUACAUCCGUAAAUUUUUCAGCUGCCAUGCGUACAAUAUGGGCAAUAUUGAUAGUAUUUUCAUUUAUUAUUAUAAAUUCUUCCCUUGCAUUCGUAACUGCAUUUGAUAACAAAAUAGCGGAAAGCGAAGCAACGUUAAACCCAAGUGGUGAAUUUGUGCUCAAAUGGAGAGUUGAUUAUUCGAUUAAAAAGAUUCGAUUCACAGUGACAAUUGCAAAAGAAGCGCCGCGGUUCACAUGGUUUUCAUUAGGAUUUUCUGAUAGGGGCAGUCUUAACAACUCUGAUGUUUGCACAGUGUGGGUUGAUUACCAAGGCGUACAACACAUAACAGACAUGCAUACAGAUAGUCACGGAAAUCUCGUACGUGAUACCUUAAGUCAAGAUUGCAAAAAUUUUUCUUUCGAUUCGAAGAACAGAGUUGUUAGUUUCGAUAGAAAAUUCGAUACUUGUGACGUCGAUGAUUUUGUUAUCAAAGAUGAAACGGUUCACGUUAUCUGGGCUCAUGGUUCAGAUAAGUUGUUUAGUGCCAGAGGAUUGUGCUUACCAUGUACAAGUCCUCAAAACAACGGUUUUAUUAGAGUACGGUUGUUGACUGUUCCCGGUUUGCCCAAGCAAUAUGGACAGAAAUUAUCGAUUGCAGUUGACAAUCUAUCAGUGCCAGGAACAGAUACAACGUAUUGGUGCAAAGUCGUCCGAUUACCGAGUAGUAUCACACAAGUAACUCAUCAUAUUACACAGUUCCAGUCUAGCAUCACAAAAGGCAAUGAAGGCUUAGUGCAUCACAUGGAACUAUUCUACUGUGACACAGAUCCUGACGUAGAAAUACCAUUAUAUGAAGGUAAUUGCUUCGCUCCUGAUAGACCAGAAAGCACGAAAGUAUGUUCUAAGGUGAAGGCAGCUUGGGCAAUGGGUGCACCUCCUUUUAUAUACCCCGCUGCGGCUGGUUUACCCCUGGGUGGACCCAAUGCUAACAGUUAUGUAAUGUUAGAAGUGCAUUACAACAAUCCUGAGGAGCUUGAAGAUUGGGUCGACAGCUCAGGUUUAACGUUUUACGUAACCUCUAAGAGACGUAAAUUUGACGCUGCUAUAAUGGAACUUGGAUUAGAAUACACUGACAAAAUGGCUAUACCACCUGGACAAAAACAAUUUACAUUAACAGGAUAUUGUACCCCAGAGUGUACGGCUGUUGGCUUACCAAGAGAAGGUAUUGUCGUUUUCGGCAGUCAGCUUCAUACACAUUUAACUGGAACGGCUGUAUGGACUCGACAUUCACGAAAUGGAAUGGAAAAACGAGCUCUAAAUAGCGACAUGCAUUACUCAACGCACUUUCAAGAAAUUCGCAUCCUACAUAGACCCGUAAGGGUUAUGCCGGGAGAUUUUUUGGAAACUACAUGUGCUUAUAACACAGAAAACAGAGACAACGUCACGGUGGGUGGCCACGCAAUCAGCGACGAGAUGUGUGUCAACUACAUACAUUACUACCCUGCGACCGAUCUCGAAGUUUGCAAAAGCGCAAUAUCUAACAAGGCUCUGAAGAACUAUUUUAACUUCGAAAGAGAUUGGGACGGUAUGCCAAUACUCGAUAGCAAUUCUCCUCGGAAUAAUUACUUGGCCAUUAGGCCUUGGACAGAACUCAGAGUUGCAGCUCUACACGAACUUUAUGUGACCUCAACUUUAUCCAUGCAAUGCAAUAAGUCUGACGGAACCAGAUUUCAGGGUGCAUGGGAAGGAUUGCUAAUACCAACUAUGCUGCCGAUAUCACCUGAAGUACCACAUUGCCCCAUUGUUUACGCACCCGAAGAUAAAAAUGAUCUCACUCGUUCGAAUGUUAGAAGUUACUUUUAUUUUUAGAUUUAAUAGUUGAAUUAAAAUUAAUAUAUAACACUUUACUAAAUAACUUCUAAGUAUGUUCUAAAUUUCAAAGUAUUGUAUGUAUCUCCUAUUUAUCGUCAUAUCGAGAUUCCCUCUUUAGAGUUAUUGGAUAAAAUUGUUAAAUUAAAUGUGAUAUUAGAACAUUGACGCUUAAUUCUAGAUUUCGGUUUCGUAGAUAAAGAUAAAUUGCCGGCUAUUAUUAUUAUUAAUAUGUAGCAAAGUAAUGUAAUGUAGCAAAUACUCUACGUAACAAAAAU